ACGGAAGCCGAUAGCGGGACGCCAUUUGGGCCAACGGUGCUGCUCGGCCAUAUGAAAGUCACUUCACUGACAUGAUGCAUUGGAUGCCAGUGGGAUUAAAUACUUUCAGUCAGCACCAAAUAUUGCCCCUUUUCGACGUCUAAGGGUGCCGAAUAUUGUACAACGUUUCUUGUGCAAUCGACAGACAGACCUGACUUGUUUCACCACAGUGCCGGUUUUCUGGUAGCACUGCAGAAAUAUAAUACAGUGACCGUUGCCCCUCGCGAGGGCACGGCCAGGCUGAGUCGUCUUGGGUACCCUACUGCCACGAAGGAACUCUAUUGGCUCAUUGGCCAGACAACAGCUGCAAGAGAUCUCCCUAUCCAGGUACAUUGUCUACCAAUUUACCUAGUAUUCUAUAUUUAUAGGUUAUCUUGUGUACUGAACUAGGUAGGUAAACAUAGUCGCUACCGGCCGCCUACGUACAUCUGCUUGCAUGAAGGUGUAUUUGCCGAAUCCAGGAAGCACGUCAACAACCCUACUGGAAGAUCCAGGCUGUUAAUCUGAGCUUGUUUCCUCUGGAGGCCGGAAAUGGCGGAUUUCAAGGGGCUGGCUCUCCAGUACGUCUUGGCAGACGAAGCGGCCACUAGGCAAGAUGUUACUGCCAGAACAGCAGAAGUCAUCAAGAAUGCUUCUGUCAAGAGCACAGCGAUAUUGAAUUGGGUCCAGUCUAUUGAUCCAUGGAUGCCUGCCGCGUUGUCAGGAUCAGAGUCUCAAGCUGAUAAUGCUGAAGGACCAGAGCCUGACGUGAGCGUCAUUACAAGAUCCAAAGCUCUGGAGUAUUUGGCGGACACAUUGGUGUUGCUGGAGAAGAACUUGUUGAGGACUGAUCAAGUCAACCUCCUUAUCACGUUCUUUGGGAGACUCUACAGCAUUGACCACAAGGCUGGGAUCAUGGCGGCUACCAAAGCUCUCCAGCAGUUGGCCAUCAUGAAGGCCUUCAAACCGGAAAUGGGCGACAAUAUCAUCCAGAGCAUCGUCUCAAUGCGAGAUGACUUUCGCUUGCAGACACCUCAAACUCGCCUGGAGAUAUACAAGUUCAUCCAGAGCCUACUGGAGAACGAGGCCGUAUCCAGUCAGUUGCAACACGUCUAUGGGACCUCUGGAGGGUUCGCCAUCGAUCUCCUGCAGCUUUGCGGUCAUGAACGGGAUCCAAACUGCCUGUUACAGUGGUUCAAAUCAAUCCGGAGCCUUGUGCAAUUGUUCGAUUUCUCAGCAGACGUGCAUGAUGAGAUCUUCAAGACAUUCUCAGCCUAUUUCCCUAUAUCCUUAAGGAGCACGGCAACUCCAAGCGGUGUCACAGUUGAUGACCUGAAGAGCUCAAUUAGAUCAUGCUUUGCAUCCAGCCACAAGCUAGCCCGAUUGAGCUUCCCUUUCCUGCUUCAGAAGCUUGACCAGGGAGAUGCUAUUACAAUUCCUGUCAAGACGGACAUAUUGAGAACACUCAAGGAAUGCCUUGACCAGUAUGCCCUCCCUUCUCAGAGUAUAGGACCAUAUACUGGGCAGCUGUGGACGUCUCUCAAAUACGAGGUUCGAAAUGGCGAAAUCAAAGAGUCCAUAGAUUGCACUCUGGAUGUCAUGCGCACUACAUCUCUGAGGCUGGCAAAAAUCCCUCUGGCCGAGCACCAGGAGACAACACGCGAAGUGAGCGCACUAUCGUCAUUCGUGGAUAUGGUCCUAAGUGACUCCUUGGAUGAUUUGGCAAAUCCGAGCUAUACCAGACCUGCCGGGCUCCUCCUCAGAAGCAUCAUGGAGGUGCACGCUAGACCGUUUGCACUCCUUCUCCCUGGUGUCACUGAGGCUAUAAACAAGAACCUGCGAGAGCCUCGUACGACCGAGCAUGCCACAGCGCUGAUAGGCUUCGUCAGGGAACUUCUGGAUGCCCGCUCGCAAGUCAUGGAUGCUGCCAAGAUAAACUCCUCCCUGGACCAACUGCAGAACGUUUCCAAGCUCGACUCACAAAUUCGGGAGCCAUUCCAUGCAAUUUUCAAUCGGUUCUGGAGGGAGAACAACAAAGAAUCACCAGAUGCCGACAAUGUUACAAUCCUCAAAGAGGUGGUGCAGGGGUUUGCAGCUCUCGUCUGUCAAGUCAGUCAAGGAGAGACUGGAAACCAGACUCUCUUGUGUGACGAGGCGCAGUGCGAGCAAGUCUGCUUUAUGAUCUCUGACCGGGUUAUCAACAUCUUUCAGCUCACCUCUUCCCCGGACAGCGGGGCCCGCAAAGACCUGGCAGACAUCGUAGUGACAUCACUGAGGAAGAUUGUCCAAGUAUACACUGCAGGGUAUGGAUUGUUGCUCCAGAGAGCUUUGUCGACGAUCAAGGAUCGCGUCUGGGGUAGACCUCCAACCAGAAACUCGCUUACAAUGCUAAAGACAUUGAUCCUAAGACUAUCGUACAUUGGCUGUUCAGAGAUACCAAAGCUGGGUGAUCAAUUCCAGCAUUUGUAUCUCUACAGCAGCUCUGUCUUGCGACUUCUGUUUUGCUUCCUCGACAAUACCGUGCCUUUCGAGGUGUCCAACAUCACGCUGUCCGGCAUUUUCAGUGCUCUUUUGCACUUCAGAGACACUUGCAGACCCAAGCCUGCUCAUACGAGGCUGAGCACAAUCAAUUCCGACUGGAGAGUUUGCACAUCUGACUUUAUCAGAUGCCACCCUGAAUUUGCAGUCACUGGACAACCUGCAAGUACCGUACAAGCCGCAGCGAAGCCUCACAAUGAUAGGCCAGUCGAGUACGCGGGUGGCAACAGUGAUAUUUUCCGCGGCUACCUCGAAUGUGCGCUUUAUUUGACAUCAGUCCUUUACCAGAGAGCAACAAGAUCGGAGAUGGGGGCGCAAGGUCCUCCAGGACUGGGGCUAGACUUCAGCCUACAGACGGCUCCGGCUACAGAGACACCUCUAGGCAAUGCCGGACUCGGUUCGAGUGCCAGCAUCCGGGAUGUGGAUCUUCAGGACGUUUACCUUCACCAGCUUGGUGAUAUUGCCACAUUUGUCGUUCGUGACCUAGAGGAGGUGGAACAGGAGGCCUUGUCGCUCACCAAUGAGGUGUAUGGACUAUUCCAGUCACAUAUAGGAGCACGUGGGACGUACUUGAGCGACAGAAACGACGGGCGAACCAAUGUUCUGUCUCUUGGAGUUGCACAGGGCUUGCGCCCAAUCCCCAUGGCUUCAAUAUUCGCAUCUGAAUCCCUCACCCAGCACAUUCUGGCCGACAUAUCAACUGCAGACAGUUUCCCUGUCAGGACACAAAAGGUUCGCGACCGCUUUGUGACCUUGUUGGCGAAUAAAUGGCUGCCAAAGGCCACAGCUGCUGGACCGCAGCGGGAUGUAUGGAAGCAAACCGUCAAUGCGCUGCGUCAAAUGCUCGAAAACAGCCUGGCAGAGGCUUCGGCAACACACGCCGGCAUGCGAAUAGAGCAAUACGCAAGAGCUCUGGGAUUCGCUGCUGGAGCGGUGGCAAGGCGUGACAGGGACGUAGAAGGUCUAGUGAAGAUCCUCGCAUCCCUUCCAGCAGCGCUCGGUGAGCAUGGGAAGCAAAUGGCUCCACGCCUGGAAGGGCUACUGGCCGCCAAAAGCCAACUGAGUGUGCAAAACCACGCGAUUCUGAGGCCCCUGUCUGAGCAGUGGGUUUACAUCUCCGUGUUGAAGCCGAAACUAGAGCAGUCGUUCCCCAUAACGCAAGACAGGCCUCAAGGAGUUGUCAACGCCAUCGCCGUAGUCCAUGUUCUGAAACACAUGGAAUUUACAGUAUACGCGGAGGACACAGAUCGAAUAACGCGGAUACUAAUUGCUAGUGUGUCAUCGCCCAAACGAUUGGCUGAUGUCGAGGCGGCUCUUCAAGUUCUUCGGCAAAUCCUAGCCAACAAGUCCGAUGCUGUAAAGGAUCAACUAAAGGCCGUUGUAGCAGGAGCCAUAUCGAUGGUGACCUCGGGCUUGGAACAGUCUCAUGAUCAACAGGCAACGCCGACUGAUGCGGCUGCACUUACGGUGAAUCCUGGCAAUCCGGCCCUCUGUCGAAGGCUCAGUUUACAACUGCUCCAGGAGGUGGCAGAGAAGAUAGAUGAGCAGCUCCUGCGCCAGUACAAGGCUCAGAUUUCUCGUGUCCUAGCUACUGCCUGUGGCGACCCAGUCAGGGAAGUUCGACAAUCAGCCAUGAGUGCGCGGAGCAGCUGGGCGAAGCUCGCGGCCUGAAGAAAGAUUAUGGUAAACACUCCAAGGCUUGCAGGAACCCCUGUUGGCAAUAAUGUAGCAGCAAAACUUCAAUAGAUCACCCAAUUCUGGAACCAAUCCCGGCCUACGUGAUGAAAACACCAGUCUAGUGUACAAAAUUCCAUGCUACCGAGUCUCCCUAGUUUA